AGCCCGGAGGCUGGUAGUGGUCACAUCACACAGCAAGUACAAGAAGGAGCUUUAUGUCCUGAUUCUAUCCAGGAUGGGCUAUCUAAUGAAGUAUUAAGAGAGGCCAGCAGCAGGACAUGUACAGCCAUGUUGGACCUGAAGGGCGGCUGGAACCUGUCCUUCGCUGGGUGCGGGUUUCUGGGGGUUUACCACAUCGGAGUGGCCGCCUGUCUGCUGGAGAGAGCUCCGUUCCUGGUGGAGGGAGCGAGCCGGCUGAGCGGCGCCUCGGCCGGGGCGCUCACCGCCGCGGUGCUGGCCAGCCGGGCCUGCAUAGCUAAAUGCUGUGAAGAUGUGGUGAAGGUGGCAAAGGAAGCCAGGAAGAGAAACCUGGGCCCUCUCCACCCAACGUUCAACCUGGUGAAGGUGCUGAGGUCUGGGCUGGACCGGGACCUGCCCCCUGACGCUCACGUCCAAGCCUCGGGGAAACUCUGGGUCUCUCUCACCAGAGUCUCAGACGGGGAUAACGUGCUGGUGUCAGAGUUCAGUUCCAAGGAGGAGCUCAUCCAGGCUCUGAUCUGCAGCUGUUUCAUUCCCAUUUACUGCGGGCUGAUUCCACCGCCCUUCAGAGGAGUGCGUUACGUGGACGGUGGAAUCAGUGACAACCUGCCACAAUCAGAGCUGAAAAACACCAUUGCCAUCUCUCCCUUCUCCGGGGAGAGUGACAUCUGUCCUCGGGACAACUCCAUCAGUUUCCAUGUGUUGCACUUCACUAAUACAAGCAUCCAAAUGAAUCUGGGUAACAUGUACCGGCUCGGCAGGGCUCUCUUUCCACCGGAACCUAAGGUACUGGCAGAGAUGUGUCAGAGUGGUUAUAAAGAUGCACUGAGAUUCCUUGAGGAGAACAAUCUACUGAUGCUGGCGUGUCCGACCACUGGCCUCGUCCUGCCAGAGAGCUCUACUGACUGUUGCUGCAAGUCCACUGAAACGACGGAAGAGUGGCUGCUCCAGAGACACCACUUACUGCAUGAAAAGCACUUGUGGUUGGAUGAAAAGAUUGUUCUUCCCACCCCAAUAAAGAGAGUGUUCGGCGAGGCCUGCCAAAGUAAAUCCGACCUGUACACCAAGGUGUCUGGGACUCUGCCGCUGAGACUGGCGUCCUACAUGCUCAUGCCCUACACUCUUCCUGUCCAGUCAGCCUACUCAGUGGCUCAGAGGCUCAUGGAGUGGAUCCCGGAUGCGCCUGCUGACGUGCGCUGGUUGUUUGGUGUGGCAGGUGACGUGUACAGACACACCUGGAAAGAGAAACCUGCCAGCUCUAUCAGAGCCCAUACACAUGCUGUGGAACGACCUGGAGCUGCUCACACCUCACAUCCUACAAGCGUGACUGACUUGGACCAUUCUGUUAAAAGAAAUGGUCAAACAUUCCUGAAAGUUGUACAGUCCCGGGCUGCCCACAGUUUGAAGAGCCGUUCAUACUGCAUUACGACGCAUCACAGCAAGGCCUCUGUGCCGUCCCGUACCGGAGGCAGCAGGGGAAGAUUGUUGUCAUGGCAACAAUGGCUCCUGGACUCUGACAGAACCAGAGAAAACUGACCACCUCCACUCAGGAGAGGGGUGACAUCCGCUGCAAAUCUGAAAUGAGAAACACAGGGAAACACACAACGGGCACACAAGUCUUUGAAAUCUGCAAGAGAGAAAACAAACGAACAGACACGAGAACAGGCAGAGACACAAACAGCAACCAUUCCAGGUCCCUGAGACUGAAUCAGUACUAGACUACGAUUAUCUGUCCCCCAAAACUGUGGGGUGAGUAUGUACGGGAGCUAGCAGGUGUGUAUGUCUGUGUAAUUGUGUGUGUGCAAAGUGAAAACAAGGUUUUACCUGAAAUGCAACUAGAGUGGAGGAGAGAGCCACAACCACGCCACCCGAGGGAUCAGAAGCCGACAUAGUCCAUGUUCCAGACCACUCAAGCUGACCAAACUUACUUAUGAUUUUUGAAAAUAUCCAUGUCUGUAGAUGAUAUUCUGGUAUGAUAACCUUCCUGAGUGGCAGCUGGAUCAGAGUUAUCAGCUCAUGAAGUUAAAACCCCCUUCAGGUUAAUGGAUGAUUCUAAAUUGGGUGUUUUAUACAUUUCCUGAAUCCUUAUGGUCCUGUUCACGUUCACGUUUAUGUAUUUUUUUUUAUUUUUGUAUUUUGUGUCUCUAAUGUUGUUUAUAAAACUAAGCUGGUUCUUUAUCUCAUUGUUAUGUCCUUUAUGUCGUGUAUUUGCAUAAUAAAGACCAGUUUGUGACAUUAGUGUCUGUUAUAGUUUCAUAGGAGCCUAAUGAUGCUCUUCUAGUUUAAGGUUCACAAUGACCUGUAACAAUGAUAUAGUAGGGGUUUAUUAUACAUUUCCUGAAUCCUUAUUGUCCUGUGAGUAUUCCAGUUUCUGUAUUUUGUGUCUCUGUUGUUCCUAGAUGACACAGGGAUAAAAGAUAGUAUAUCAUUUAGGUGAAAAUGUGUGUUGUUUAUAGUUUAAAGAGCUGCAGUGACCUCUAUGUUGGUCAGAAAGAUUCACAUCUUAGCUUGAAUGAAUGAUUAAAAGGUCUCCUUUAAAAUGAUACCAAAGACAAUAUAGUGAAACAUUAACAGAUUUCCUGUACAUGAGUCUAAACCAGGAUAUGCAGCAGCAUCUAGUGUAAUGUUCUGAAGGAGGUGGAAACUUCAUGAGCUGAUAACUGUGAUCCAGCUGCCACUCAGGAAGGUUAUUAUACCAGAAUAUCAUCUACAGACAUGGAUAUAUAUAAAAAUCAUAGGUAAGUUUGGUCAGGAGUGGUACUGACAGGUGAAGUUUCGGGCUCUGGCCCCUGGACUAACAAGGAAGAAUCCCAAACCCAGGUCACCAGCCGCCCACGGAGGGCCAGAAGAGGGCGGGAGGGAAACCCCCCCCCCCCGCCAGCAAGCCCCCAUGACCACCCAUGAGUCCCAUGAGUCAGCCAGGAAACCCCCGGUGAUGGACCAGGACCAGCCGAGCUGCAGCCACCCGGCAUAGAGCUGGCCCAUUUAACUUCUCCAUCAGAUAUCGGCCAGGGAAGCACAACGGAGAUGUGGAUGGCUUGUCCCCAAUGCCAUUGGAUAUAGGGAAAUAGAUAGAACAGUGAUCUCAGGAGGUGCAGCCUGAAGUGAAGAGCAGUAUGACACAGACACUAUCAACUCUUCAUUAACGAGGAUGGCAUUGUGUUUAGAAAAACAGCCACACGAUCUCAACUAGUGCUUCCCAAGAACUUUCAACCAAUGAUCUUUGUAGGACUGCAUGGGGAGUUGGGGCACCUUGGUCUGGAGCCGACCCUGCAUUUAGUCCCUGACCGCUUCUACUGGCCGCACAUGCAGCCAGACAUCCAGCAUUACUUCACAAAGAUGUGUAGCUGCCACAAACACAAACGACCAAAUAGGCCAACAAGGGCACCAUGUGAAGAAUAUAGGGACGUCUUAUCCUGUCGAACUGGUGGCCAUUGACCAUGUCCAUGUUGAGAGCUGCAAAGGGGGGUAUGAGUACACCCUGGUGGACAUGGAUCACUUUACUUUGCUCAAGCUUAUGCCUCCACCAACAAAUCAGCAAAGACCAGCUGAGAAGGUUUCGGGGACUUUGUACUAAGGUUUGGCAUUCCCACCAAAUUGCACCACGACCAAGGCAGAGAAUUCCAGAACAAGCUGUUUGCCAACAUGGAAAGAUACUGUGGUAUCUGCAGAGCCGCCUUAACCUAAUGUUAGGCCCCAGGGCCCCAUCCCCUCCACUUACACAGUCUUAUUAUAGAAAAUCAUAUUUUGAUUAAAGGGGACCUAUUAUGCAUGUAAUACUUAUUUUAAACAGGCCUUGAAUGUCUUAAAAACAAGCUUUUGAUUGUUUUUUUUCUAAAUAAAUUAGAAAUUCAGCCUCUAAACCAUGUCUUUAUCUUCCCAUUCUCUAACCUCAUUAUCUAUGCAGGAUUCUGAGUGGGCGGGGCUAUGAUAAUGAGGCUCUGUGCUGAUUGGCUGCCUGAAUGACGCGUAGCAGGGGAGGGAACAAAGCCUCUCUCUGGCAGAAGAGCAGCCGGCCGGCUGCGUACACUAUUGAACCGCGUCCCAUGCGAUGCGAGGGAGUCUCAGCAACAAAAUCAAUCCCAUUGCUUUAUUUUCUAUUGGACUGUCCUAACUGGCCGUUUUCAGCUGAACAUUUGUCGGACGUCCUGCUUCUAUUUUCUUCCUGUCGCUCACAUUGAAAGCCGGUUGAAAGCGCUGUAGGAAACAGUCAUGAUGAGGAACGGCUGAUCCAGUUAGUUGAAAUGAGAAGUUAUCUCUAUGAUUCCUCCUCAUUUCACUACAAAAACCUCAAUAAAGUGGCAGCUGCUGGAGGGAGAUGGACAGAGAGACGAUGUCACGCAGUGCUACGAUAGUCGGACGCUCAUGCAGUUACACGGUUUUAUAGUUGUGACCGUGGUUUGCAUUUUGGUCACGUAAAGAAAAUGCGCCGAAUCUUAUUGGCUCGUAGAUCCACAUGACACUGGACGGCUCAUCCGGGCGGCUGUACAGACACUGCAGAAUUUAGUUUCUCUCCUCCUUAUCUGAGUUGGCAGGCUGAGGGGAGACCACUUUAUAUAUGUUAAAGACAGAGAACACCUGUUUUUCAUAAUAGAUCCCCUUUAAUGUAUCACUGAGCCCACUUGAGUAUAAACACAAAAUACACUUUUUAUGACACUUUUUAUAACAACCACACACAGCAAACCAAGAUGUGUGAAAGUUUACAUAUAAUAUAAUUAACACACAGUAAAGCUGUAUUUUUGGGAAAAAUACAGACUGCUGCUGAACUGACUGCUGGACUGGACACAGAAAUAAUGUUGAACUAAACCUGCACAGUAAGGUCUGUGAUGCAAAUAAAGUUCCAUGUUCAGGUUUAACCAUAGACUGUAAAGAAACAUAUAACAUAUAUAUAUAUAUAACAACAUAUAUAUUAACAUAUAACACAGCACCAGCCAAACAUCGAGGACCGCAAUGGAAAUAAGCCUGUUGACUUUAUUGUGUUUUAAUCCUCGACAAUUUUUAUCAUUAAUGU